AUGGCGGUGGCUCUGGCGGUGGCUCUGGCGGUGGCGCUGGUGCCGCUGGCAGCCGAGGCGGGGAGGGACCCUCUGCUGAACGUCUGCAUGGAUGCCAAGCACCACAAGAGCCAGCCGGGCCCCGAGGGCAAGCUCUACGAGCAGUGCUCCCCCUGGAAGGACAACGCCUGCUGCACGGCCAACACCAGCCUGGAGGCGCACAAGGACCAGUCCUACCUCUACAACUUCAACUGGAACCACUGCGGGGUGAUGCCGCCCAAAUGCAAGCGCCACUUCAUCCAGGACACGUGCCUGUACGAGUGCUCCCCCAACUUGGGGCCCUGGAUCCAGCAGGUUGACAGCAGCUGGAGGAAGGAGAGGAUCCUGCACGUGCCCCUGUGCAGGGAGGACUGCGAGGAGUGGUGGCAGGACUGCAGGGAUGCCCUCACCUGCAAGGAGAACUGGCACAAGGGCUGGAACUGGGCCACAGGAACCAACCGCUGUCCCUGGGGCUCCGAGUGCCGGCCCUUCCACCAGGUGUUCCCCCGGCCCCGGGACCUGUGCGAGAAGAUCUGGUCCGGCUCCUUCAGGCUCAGCGCCGAGCGCCGGGGCAGCGGCCGCUGCAUCCAGAUGUGGUUCGACCCCGCCCGGGGCAACCCCAACGUGGCCGUGGCCCGCUACUACGCCGGGCUCAAGAGAUCCUCCCCCGGCUCCCAGGAGCGCACCCUGGCUCCCCAGAGCUCCGGCGCCGGGCGGGCCCUGCCCGGCCCUGGGCUGCCCCUGCUGCCCCUGGCCCUGCUG